GUGCCAACCCCUGCGAGCAUGCUGGGAAAUGCCUGAACACGGAGGGCUCCUUCUAUUGCCAAUGCCAGAUGGGCUACUCGGGUCCCCGGUGCGAGAUAGACGUCAAUGAGUGCUCCUCCAACCCCUGCCAGAAUGAUGCCACCUGCUUGGACCAGAUUGGGGUCUUCCAGUGCAUUUGCAUGCCAGGUUACGAGGGGGUCUACUGUGAAAUCAACACGGAUGAGUGUGCCAGCAGCCCCUGCCUGCACAACGGAAACUGCGUGGACAAGAUCAACGAAUUUGCCUGCGUGUGCCCCGUGGGAUUUAAUGGCCACCUGUGUCAACAUGACAUCGACGAAUGUGCUAGCACACCCUGCAAGAACGGAGCCAAAUGUGUGGACGCACCAAACGCUUACAUGUGUGAAUGCACAGAAGGCUUUUCGGGCACUCACUGCGAGACAGACAUCAACGAUUGUGACCCUGAUCCUUGCCACUAUGGCACAUGCCAAGAUGGUAUUGCCACCUACAACUGCCUCUGCCAGCCUGGGUACACCGGGCGCCUCUGCGACACUAACAUCAACGAGUGCCAAAGCCAACCUUGCAAGAAUGGGGGCACCUGCCAGGACAGGAACAACGCCUACACCUGCGUCUGCCUCCGAGGCACUACAGGGCCCAAUUGUGAGAUCAACCAGGACGAUUGUGCCAGCAACCCGUGUGAUUAUGGCAAGUGCGUGGACAAGAUCAACGGCUACGAGUGCGCCUGUGAACCGGGAUACACAGGGAGGAUGUGCAGCCUCAAUGUGGACGAGUGUGAAAGCAACCCUUGCCACAACGGGGGCACCUGCAAGGAUGGCAUCAACGGAUUCACGUGUCUCUGCCCGGAAGGCUUCCACGACUCCAUGUGCCUCUCGGAAGUGAAUGAGUGCAGCAGCAACCCUUGCGUCCACGGGAGAUGCCAUGACGGGCUGAACGGCUACAAGUGCAAUUGCGACGCAGGCUGGAGUGGGACAAACUGUGACAUCAAUAACAACGAAUGCGAGUCCAACCCUUGUGCGAACGGUGGAACCUGCAAGGAUAUGACCAGCAGUUACAUUUGCACCUGCCAGGAGGGAUUCAGUGGACACAACUGCCAGUUCAACAUCAACGAAUGUGCCUCCAACCCUUGCCUGAACCAGGGGACCUGCAUUGACGAUGUGGCUCGCUACCAGUGCAACUGCCUCCCACCCUAUACAGGGCAAACAUGUGAAAUCGACAUCAACGAGUGCGUGAAGAGCCCCUGUCAGAACGGUGCCACGUGCCAAAACACCAACGGGAGCUACCGCUGCAUGUGCAAACCUGGUUUCACAGGGAACAGCUGUGAAACGGACAUCGAUGACUGUCAACCCAAUCCCUGCCACAAUGGGGGCUCCUGUUCUGACAGCGUCAACGGCUUUUCCUGCAACUGCCUGGCGGGCUUCCAGGGCCUCGAAUGCCAGGAAGACGUGGACGAAUGUGCCAGCAACCCCUGCAAGAACGGGGCCAACUGCACGGACUGCGUGAACAGCUACACCUGUACGUGCCCGUCUGGGUUCAGUGGGAUCCAUUGUGAGCACAACACUCCAGACUGCACGGAGAGCUCCUGCUUCAACGGGGCGACCUGUGUGGACGGCAUCAACACCUUCACCUGUGUCUGCCCGCCUGGCUUCACUGGCAUUUAUUGUGAACAUGACAUCAAUGAGUGCGACUCCAGACCCUGCAUGAAUGGAGGAACUUGCCAGGACAGCUACGGGACCUACAAAUGCACCUGCCCACAGGGGUACACUGGACUUAAUUGCCAGGUAUUUCCACUUCCUGUUCCAGGUGGAAUAUUCGGUCUGGAAUUUCAAGGAGGGGAGGACAGGAGUCCUCGUCUAGUGACCCCCAAUUGGCGUGGGCAAUGUGGUAAUGAAGUGAAGUGUUUGCUAGCCGAUCUCACUUCAGCCCUCCUUUGCUGUACAGACUGCAAAGGUUACAAAUGCAAUGGGAAUAGGAAUAGAAUAGAAUUAGAACAAGAAUUAGAAAUAGAAUAGA